AUGGAUGGUGUUAAUGGAAUUCCACCGACGAGUGGAUUAAUGAAUGGUACGAAUUCACAAAAUGGAAAUGCAACUGGAAAUGCAUCUCAAUCGAGUGGCUCAUCGAUUGAUUAUACUCAUCCACUUUUCUUGAGUCCAGCUGAUUGGGAAAGAGUUGAUGUCAUUGUCCAAUCUUGGAUUAUGAAUGCAGUUGCUAGGAAUCUUGUUGGUGUAGUAGUGUUUGGUUCUAAUGCGUAUGCAAUACGGGAGGAUCUUAAAGAAAGGUUUGAUCGAGUUGAUGGCUCAAGAACCUUCAAUCUGCAUAAAGAGAUUGCAACUCUACAACAAGGUACUGCUACUGUUUUUGCAUACUUUAGCAGAUUAAAAACUUUGUGGAAUGAAUUUGAGGCCCUAAUGCCAUCACCUUGUGAUUGUGAGAAGUCUAAGGGAUUUGAUGCUCAUGUUCAUGGACAAAAAUUAUUUCAAUUUUUGAUGGGACUGAAUGAUUUUUGUCAACAAGCUAGAAGUCAAAUUCUGUUGUUAAACCCUUUACCAAGUCUAAAUCAAGCCUAUUCAAUGAUAGUGGGUAAUGAGGGGCAAAAGGCUGCAUCUGCUGAUGUAGGUAAUCUUGGUGGGAAUCUUGGAAUGAAUAGUCUAUCUGGUGGUAUUGAGUCAAUUGCUAUGUAUUCAAGAAAUGUGAAUCAUCAGCAGAUGAAUAAUAACAAUCAAAGGUUCAAGAAGAACUUGGACUUAGUCUGUGAGUUCUGUAAAUAUAAAAGACACAGUAAGGAUAGGUGUUACAAAUUGGUGGGAUAUCCUUCUGAUUUUAAGUCAAAGAAGAAGGAGAAUGAAAGAGGAGAUGUUGCUUAUCAUGUCUUGGGAGAAUAUGUCAAUUCAGUACAGCAACAGACUCAACAAACUCAGACUCCUGUCUUCAACUAUGGAUUAAAUACUAAUAUGGCAGGUCCUAGUACGGGAAAUCAGCACAACUAUGCAAGUGAAACAUCAUCCAACAAUGCUGAAACCAGUGUCAACAUAAUGCAAGGGUGUACCUUCACCAAAGAGCAAUAUGAUCAGAUCAUGCACAUGUUGAAUCAAGGUGCAAAUGCUGCUGAUGGUAACUCUACUAACAUUGUUAAUGCAGAAACAGUUGCAAAACUAGAAGAUCCAAAGAAAGUUUUUCUGCCUAAUAGGGAUAUUGCUCAAGUCACUCAUAUAGGAUUUAGUGCUAUAUCAACUAGAAGUAUUAGUACAAAUGUGUUCCAUUUGCCUCAAUUUAAGUACAACUUGUUAUCAGUUAGUAAGAUAACAAAGGGGUUAGGAUGCUCAGUCAACUUCUUUCCUUAUUUUUGUGUUUUCCAAGAACUCUUCACUGGAAGGGUGAAUGAGAUUAGUAGAGAGGAAGGAGGACUGCAUCUGUUACUCAAUCACUUAAUAACUGUAGAAGGAGAAAACUCUACAAACACUGCUAAAGGAGAUUCAAGAACUCAACAAGUUGGUGAUAAGGACAUAGAGCUAUGA